AUCGGAAACGUUGUGCUGCGUAUCGAACGCGCCGCAGAAAUCAGUGCCUAAUUGCUUCCCGUACGGAUAGGAUCGAUAAAAAUGCAUCUACUCGUGUUUGCCUUGUUGGCGGUAGGAUUUGCUGGUGCCGCCACCUUCGGCGAAGAUGCCUCGGGACGUCUAACUGGAGGAACGGUGACACUUGCCGGACAGUAUCCGGCCGCUGUCAGCAUCGACACCCCGUACACUUUACAUUGCGGAGGAACUGUCCUGAAUUCUCAGCACGUUCUGACCGCAGCAUGGUGCGUCAUGCAUCCGACAUCCUUCACCCUGCUCAAUCCGUUUUGGUUGCGUGUUAUCGCAGGGGACCUCAACUUGAUCCCGGUUUCAUAUCGGCGAGAAGUUCGCAACGUAACGCACCUCUUCGUUCACCCAAAUUACAAUCGCUUGACGAACAACAACGAUUUGGCAGUUAUCCGCGUGAACACACCGUUCCCCGAGUUCCACAAUACAAUCGAACCCGCUGUUCUGAAUACCCGAAUUCUUCCCGACAACACCCAGUGUCAGUAUGCCGGCUGGGGAGCAGCUACCAAUGCGGCUAAUGCACCCCUGACUCCAGCUCAGCGAGUAAUUACGGUUCCGAUACUGACCACGGCAUCGUGCAAUGUUGCUACCGUCCACAACAAUCGGGUACUUCCUACGAUGAUCUGCGCGGGAUCGAUCGCUGCCACCCCAAACACUGCCUGCCAGGGUAACAUCGGUGGAGGACUCUACUGUAACGGUCAGCUUACGGGGGUACUCUCUUUCGGACUCGCCUGUGGAGCAGCCAAUCAACCGGGAGUCUACAUUGACAUCAGACAGUACCGGCAGUGGAUUGACACCCAAUCGAAUCGUACGGAUAAUCCAGCACCCGGUUGGACCCCGAACCCAUUAUAAAAAAUUCGUUUUGUUGAUAAAAUAAAUCUUUAUUU